AUGAGCGACACCAACAAAGAUCUCGAGGACCUCGCAAAGAGUGCCACAGAAGACUUCUACGAGCUACUCGGCGUCUCCUUUGAUGCAUCUGAGCCCACCAUCAAGAAGGCCUACCGCAAAGCCUCGAUUCGCUACCAUCCAGACAAGAAUCCCGACAACAAGGACGCCGCCGACCGCUUCAUCUACUUGGGAUGGGCGCGCGACAUCCUCAUCGACGCGAAGCUCAAAGGCGAAUAUGACCGCGCGCGGACAAGACGGAGAGAAAAGACACUGCAGGAUGAGCUGUUGGAUGGGCGAAGGAGGAAGAUGAAGGAGGAUUUGGAGAGACGGGAGAAGAACUCUGCCCCGGGCUUGAAGAGGAAGAGGACCGAGGACAUGAGCGAAGCUGAGCGGCGAGAGCAGGAGAUCCAGAGACUGGCUGAAGAUGGAAAGAGGCGGAGAAAGGAGGCGCAGGAGCGGCUAGAGAAGAAGCGCCAGGACGUAGACGAAGCCAGUUUCAUGGAAGUCGAUAAGAGUCCAGAACCCCAAGCGCAGAGGCCUGGGGAUAGCGCGGAAAUCGAUCGUACGGUCAAGAUACGGUUUUCUAGGGAAGGCGACAUGGCCGAUUGGGAUAAGGACAGGAUAUCCAGCAUGUUUGCGAAGUACGGCAAGAUCGAUAGCGUCGUUAUAGGGAAGGACAAGAAGAUACGCCCGUCCGGCGGGAAACAUAGAAAGGUCAUCGCCAUAGUCUUCGUCAUCUACACGCGCCUCGACCACGCACACGCCGCAGUCAUAGACGGCCAAUCCGACUACCCGUCCCUCGAAUCCGUAUCUUGGGCCAACGGCGAGCCAGAUAUCAAAUCGCCAACCAGUUACGUGAAUGGCAAUGCGCCUUCGGCGCCUUCGACGCCUGUUGUGACGCCGAACAAGUCCUUCAGGGCAUCUUUCGGUCCUGGAAUUGGCAAGGGUUUUGGUAGCACGACGCCCCUAGGCACACCUAAGUUCUCAUUCAGUCCCAAGACGCCGAGCCUAGAGGAAGUCACUAUGAUGCGGUUGAAGCAGGCGGAGAAGAAGAGAUUGGAGGAGCAGAUUCGGAAACAGGAGGCUGCCGAGGAAGCAGUCGCCUAA